UUUACAGUGUUAUUGAACGCACUUCCAGUGGGUGGCAGUAAUGCUCCUCGCAGUGACCGGCAGUAAAGCAAAAGAAGAAGAAACAGGCUUUUCCGCAAUAAACAGGUUUUGGCUCAGAGGACUCUCGUAGAAAAUAACUAAAGCCGAUCUGAGUGAAAGCUUAUCUCCAGAAGGUCGGGUGUGAUCAUGGGGAAGGCACUGUCCCACCUGUCCAAGCAGACAUGCCAUGAGGAGUGCCACACCACCCUGACCUCUGGCCCUGAGUACAACCGCAUGCCGAAUGAGGAUGCCAAGGGUGGUGGAGAUGCCUCUCAGUUCCCGUACGUGGAGUUCACUGGCAGGGACAGUGUCACCUGCCCAACAUGCCAAGGCACCGGGAGAAUCCCACGAGGUCAGGAAAAUCAGCUGGUGGCGUUGAUUCCGUACAGCGACCAGCGGCUGAGGCCAAGGAGAACAAAGCUAUAUGUGUCAGCCUCGGUCAUCGUUUGCCUGCUGCUCUCAGGCUUGGCAGUGUUUUUCCUCUUCCCACGCUCCAUUGACGUGACCUACGUGGGGGUGAAGUCUGUUUAUGUCACCUACGACCAGGCCAAGCACAUCGUGUAUCUCAAUAUUACUAACACGCUGAAUAUUACUAACAACAACUACUACUCAGUGGACGUGGCCAACAUCACAGCUCAGGUGCAGUUCUCAAAGACUGUGAUUGGAAAAACACGUGUUAGCAAUGUUACCACCAUCGGCCCACUCGACAUGAAGCAGAUUGAUUACAUGGUGCCCACCACUAUAGCUGAUGAAAUGAGUUACAUGUAUGUCUACUGUACCCUGCAGACUAUCAAAGUGCACAACAUUGUGGUCAUGAUGCAGGUAACAGUCACCACAGUGUAUUUCGGCCACGCUGAACAGGUCUCUCAGGAGAUGUAUCAGUAUGUGGACUGUGGGGGAAACACUACAUCGCUGCAUGAGUACAAUCUAAGAACUCCUCCCUCAGACUAAUGCUCAAGCUGAGGGUACACUGUGCUUAUCCCUUUUCCCUGCAAUCACCAUGUUCCAUUAUAUUUGCUCAAAGGCUUGAUUCCGUUACAUACGUUUGUUAAAUAACCAGGGUGUUUUGAAAUCAUGAGUAAUGCACUUUAUUUUCCAAUAUUAUCUCCCAAGACUUCUGAAUUGUUUGAUGUACUUGCAGUAGUGCAAAUAAGACAACUGAAAGCUACUCACAGCUGUAUAUUUGCAUUCUCUUUUAAUAUGUUUGACAAAAACACUUCAGUUGCAGACACUGCUACACUAAAACUUGAAAACACUGCUUAAUGUCUAAGAUUAUGUAAAAAAACAAACAAACAAAAAACAAAAACAUGCACUUUGAAUACUUUCUGCUCUAAUAUAGAUUAACAUUAAUGAAUGACAGUAUCCAGAUGCUAUUAGGUCAUGCAUGUUUUUUGAGAUCUGUUUAAGAGUAUGUGCAGCAUAGUUUCUAUUUAUUAGAGGUCCUGGCACUCGCAGACCCACAUCUGCUGCAACUCAGCCUGCAGUGGAUAUUGUUGUUCUCUAGGGGGUGAAGGUUUGCACUUUGGGUUAGUCUCAAACUCUUUUCAGCUUGCUAACAAAUUUCCUCUAUUUGUCUCAGUUUUUGAGCUGUCAGAGAUGGAAAUUACCUUGAAACAAACAUUUGUUAAAACACAGCUUAUGAAAGAGGAAAUUUGUCUGGAAAAAGGAACAAAGUAAUCACACAGUCAGUGUUUGAAUUUAUCCUCAAACAUUCCACAGUAAAACCGCACAAGCAUUAAGGUACAGGGUGUCCCAAAGUCUCCAUACCUAGGGGACUAUGUCUGCCAGCACCGCGUCAGUUGUGCUGUUUUGAAUUUGUUAAUAAGUUUGGCAACAGUGUCAUGUGUGAUGUGCUUGCCAUGUUUCCUGUUAAAGUCCAUCGCAACCUUGUGACAGCUUCCCGAUCCAACCACGAGAAUAAUUUCAAUACGUUCUUCUUUUGUCAAAGGCAUUCUUAAAGGCUAUCUGAAAUAUAUGUAUAUAAAGUAUGAAAGAUUUUGGAAGACAUUUCGCUAAAAACUUUGGGACACUCUGUAUAUACCGACUAUGAAAUAUAUCACAUUUGGAAAGCUAUUUCUAAACCUAGUAAGCUAGUUGUGUUGAACAGCAUCAACAUUUGUGUUGAUGAAUAGUGUUAUUUUUAACAUUGUACAUGAUGUGUGGAUAACAAAACACUUUUAAAACUUUUAAUCCAAUUUGUAUAAAAGCUUCUAUUAAAAAUGCUCUUAACCAAAACUAAAUAACUGAAUAUUAAUUACAUUGAUACAUUGUGCUAUGUUAUCAAACAUAUGUUAAGGUUUGUUAACCUAUGUGUUCGAGUUACAUGAAAGAAUUUCGAUAUUAAUCACUGAACUCACUGAAUAUUUGUUUCAAGGUCAUAUGUUGUCUAUUUAAAGUCUUGCGCUCGUCUGCUAUGAAUCAUGAUUUUCGUAUCUAAUAUAGCCAAAGUAUACAGCAGAUAAAUGGAUGAAGGUGUCAUUAUAUUUAACAACUGUGUGACUGUGUGAAGUUAUUAUAGUGUUGUUUCAGCUUAACCAUAGUUUGCAGAGUUUUAACAAAGAGUUAAUAGUUCUAGAUGCUGAAAGUAUUGUGUUAUAAAAAGACUUAAAUCUUAAAAAGACACUAAUAGUUUUGGUACAUGUUCACAUUCAUGAAGCAUAUUUUCUUGGCUUGAAUAAAGGUCUAAAACCUC